AUGGCCCACGAAUUUAACCCUAAACUAUUGGAAGAAAUCGCUGAAAACCAUGGCACACCCACUUGGAUUUAUUCAGCCGAGAAAAUCCGGGAAAAGAUUGCGCAGCUGAAGCGGUUUGACGUCAUCAGAUUCGCGCAGAAAGCCUCAUCAAACUUGAACAUUUUGAAGUUGAUGAAGAAUGCUGGAGUCUUUGUGGAUGCCGUGUCGUUUGGGGAAUUUAAGAGGUCGCUCAAGGUUGGCUACGAGCCAAAAACAAAGCCCGGCCAAGCUGAAGAAGUCGUCUACACGGCAGAUCUCGUAGAUUUGGAUACCUUGAAAUUUUUGAAGGACCAUGAAGCUACCAUUAAUGCGGGUUCUCUUGACAUGCUGCGCCGAAUCGGGCAGAAUUCACCCGGAAAUCGCGUCUGGGUUCGCAUUAAUCCGGGUAAUUUUUACGGUUUUGGCCAUGGACACAGCCAAAAAACCAACACUGGCGGCCCGCAGAGCAAGCACGGCAUUUGGGUCACGGAUUUUCCGGAAGUUCUGAAUAUCGCCGCGGAAUUCGGGCUAAAACUCGUUGGAAUCCAUAUGCACAUCGGCUCUGGGGUCGACUAUUCGCACUUGAAAGAGGUCUGCAACGCAAUGACCGAGCUGAUAAAGAAAAUUCGCCUGGAAAUUGAACCUGGUCGAUUUUUGAUGGCUGAAUCGGGAAUGCUGAUUGCGAGGGUUCAGGCAAUUCAAAGACGUCCGGGCAGCUAUGAUUUCCUGUUAAUUGACGCCGGCUUCAGUGAUCUGAUGCGCCCAGCGCUAUACGGAAGCUACCACGAAAUCUCGAUUCUGAAUGCGGAUCAGAAUGGAGAAAUGAUUGAGUACGCCAUCGCCGGCCCGUUAUGUGAGUCCGGGGAUGUCUAUACGCAGGAAGAGGGCGGAGUGGUGACGACGAGAAGCCUUCCAGAAGCAAAGGUUGGCGAUCUCUUGAUAGUGCACACCACCGGUGCCUACGGUGCCUCGAUGUCGUCAAAUUACAACACAAGACCCCUAGCUGCGGAAGUACUCGUCGAAAACGAUGCGCCACGCCUGAUCCGACGUCGUCAAACCGUUGAGGAAUUGUUGAAAUUAGAGGUUUUU